GGGACGGGAGACCAGGGUUCCGGGAGGGUGCUGGGAGGAGAGGGAGAGGCGGCGGCGGCGGCGGCGGCGGGGGUGGCUGGAGGAUGAAGAAGGAGCAUGUGCUGCACUGUCAGUUCUCCGCGUGGUAUCCACUGUUCAGAAGCCUCACCAUCAAGAGUGUAAUUCUUCCACUUCCUCAGAAUGUGAAGGAUUAUUUACUUGAUGAUGGAACUCUGGUGGUGUCAGGAAGGGAAGAUCCGCCAACAUGUUCUCAGCCAGACAGUGAUAAUGAAGCAGAAGAAAUACAGUGGUCGGACGACGAGAACACGGCCACGCUUACGGCACCAGAAUUUCCUGAGUUCACCACUAAAGUCCAAGAAGCUAUCAAUUCCCUGGGGGGCAGUGUAUUUCCGAAGCUUAACUGGAGCGCCCCAAGGGAUGCGUACUGGAUAGCAAUGAAUAGUUCUCUGAAAUGUAAAACGCUCAGCGACAUCUUCCUACUGUUCAAGAGUUCUGAUUUCAUCACUCGUGACUUCACCCAACCGUUUAUUCAUUGUACUGAUGAUUCCCCAGAUCCAUGUAUGGAAUAUGAGCUUGUUCUUCGAAAAUGGUGUGAAUUAAUUCCUGGUGCUGAGUUCCGAUGUUUUGUCAAGGAAAAUAAGCUUAUUGGUAUUUCUCAAAGGGACUACACACAAUAUUAUGAUCAUAUUUCUAAACAAAAGGAAGAGAUUUGCAGAUGCAUACAAGACUUUUUCAAGAAACACAUACAGUAUAAAUUCUUAGAUGAAGACUUUGUAUUCGAUAUAUAUAGAGACAGUAGGGGGAAGGUGUGGCUGAUUGAUUUUAAUCCUUUUGGUGAAGUCACAGAUGCGCUGCUGUUUACUUGGGACGAACUGUUAUCUGGAAGAAACUUAAAGGGUGAUUUUAGUGAAGAAGCCCUGGAGCAGGAUGCUCCGGCCUUCCGUUGCACCAACAGCGAGGUCACGGUUCAGCCGAGUCCCUACCUGAGCUACCGGCUGCCCAAGGACUUUGUGGACCUCUCCACCGGGGAGGACGCUCACAAACUCAUCGAUUUUCUUAAACUGAAAAGGAAUCAGCAAGAGGAUGACUGAUUAGCAUGCUAGAGUUCAAGGCCAAGUCACACAGGAAACCACCGCUGCUUCUGGAGGCCGUACAUAGUCCACAACCUCCUAUUAACCCAGUCAGCGGGGGAGGGGUAGGGGGGCAGCGUGGAAGUCAGUGGCUUUUUAUAUUCAUGUAUAAAACUGGGGGAAAUGGAGGGACUUUGCUACUUGUAAAAAUAACACAAUAAAUAGAUCUUAAACAUAGGAAACCAUCCUGUUCUGAUGAUAAAAUACUUUCUAUGAAAUACCUUGUUCUUUAGGCUCAGUCUAUUUAUAUUUAUCUCUGUUCCUUGUGCUAUUUUUUUUAAUACCUGGCAGGUAGCUGGGCAAGUUUAUAUUUGUUAUACAGAAAUGGGUUCUUUCUUUAUCAUUACUUUUCCCAUUGAAAAAAUAGAACCUUAUAUUACUAUAGAAAAUAUUUUUCCUACUUUGAGGAUUUUCAUGUAAUUUUUCUAUCAGUUGAGCUUUGGUUUGGGUAUAGUUAAAAUAAUACAGACUUCUCAAACUGUCAACCACGAAUUUCAGUAUAGUACCUUAAUAUGUAUCCCUAAAACUAUCACAGAUAUAAUUCAGCCUUUUAAACGAUUAUUGGAAUUUGGUGGGAGGUAGAUUCACUUUUUUUAGGCCACCGUUUUAGUAAUUAUUCUUCAGUGUCCUGACUGAUGAUAUAUCAGUGAUACCUGAUUUACUCAGCACUUUCUAAAUGCUAAGACACUCUGCUAAGUGCUCUUUAUGUGGUAUUUUACAUCACGGAGCAAUUUAAGGAAACAGACGUUACAGUUUCCUAGGGUAUCUAUCUAAUGUGGUAUCAAAGAAUAUUUUACUAGUCGGAGGUAUGUUUCUCAACAUCAGAGAGCAUGUGCUCCCAUAGAAAGAUAACAGAGAGAAGUGGGGCAAAAUCUCCCCUUUCUGUGAGGUUAAGGCAGAUUACGUGUAGUGAUGAAAGAUAUCAUUUCUCGUUAGGUUAUUUCGAAUUCUAGCUUGCUGUGUGGUUUCUCUAUUACAGUCACUUGAUAUUAGCGUUUAGAAUACAAAAUACAAAGAUCAAGUGUAUCAAAUGCCAUUUCUGAGGCCAACUGUUUGAGGUAUAAGUGCUUCAAAAAUAUUUUUGUUUUUUAAACUGCUCAUGGGCUUCUGUUAACUCAUAAUGGAGGGAUUUAUCGUUGUGAGUUGAUUUCAUCUUAGCUCCGAAGCUGGUUCGCCAAGAUGACACUUCACCACUCAAAAAAAGGAAACGUAUUUGAUACCAAUUGAAAAAGUUCAGACUAUGUAUAAUAAAAAGACUCAAGCAAAAUUUAGCAAACAGUUUAUAAAAAGGACAAUUCUUGGUGUAAAACUCAUUAAAUUUUUACUUUAAUUUU